AUGGGCAAGGCCUAUGACAGAGUUGAAUGGGAUUUCCUGCGGGCAAUGCUUCUCAAGUUGGGGUUCGGCACUCGAUGGGUCGACCUAGUGAUGAACUGUGUUACCACUGUGCGUUAUCAAAUCAAGAUCAAUGGAGAGUUAACAGAGCAGUUUACUCCCACCCGAGGGUUACGUCAGGGCGACCCAUCCUCGCCGUAUCUCUUUGUCAUAUGCGCGGAGGGGCUGUCGGCAUUGUUACAUGUUGCGGAAGAAACUGGCCGAAUAGGGGAUGAUUCUGUCUUACUGCUCAAGGCGAAGAGGGAGGAGGCAGAGGCGUUGAGGGAAAUUCUAGACCUCUAUGAAAGUUGCUCGGGGCAAUGCAUAAACUUAGAAAAGUCGGCGAUCAUGUUCAGUCCAAACACCAGCGCUGAAGCAAAGAAUGAAGUGAAGAACGCCUUGUAG